CUCUCUCUCUCUCUCUCUCUCUCUCUCUCUCUCUCUCUCUCUCUCUCUCUCUCUCUCAGUCCCAGUGCUGCAGUGAGAGGAAGGCAUCAUGACAGAGGUGUUUCAGUUCGGCCUCGUGCCCAUCACUUGUCAUGCCUGGAAUAAGGAUCGCUCCCGUGUGGCACUGAGCCUCAACAACAAUGAGGUCAACAUUUAUGAGCGUGCUGGGUCUGAGUGGAGGCUGCAGGAGACCCUUCAGGGCCAUGACCUGCGAGUCACCGGCAUUGACUGGGCCCCAAACACCAACCGCAUUGUGACCUGCGGUGCUGACCGAAAUGCUUAUGUGUGGACUUGUGGAGCGGAUGGGAAAUGGAGCCCAACUCUGGUGCUUCUGCGUAUUAACCGUGCUGCCACCUGUGUCAAGUGGUCUCCCAAUGAGAACAAGUUUGCUGUUGGGUCUGGCGCUCGGCUCAUCUCAGUGUGCUAUUUUGAGCAAGAGAACAACUGGUGGGUGUCCAAGCACAUCAAGAAGCCCAUCCGCUCCACCAUCACCACCCUGGACUGGCACCCCAACAACUACUCCUUGGCUGCUGGAGCUGCAGACUUCAAGGUGCGCAUUUUCUCUGCCUGGAUCAAAGACAUUGAGCCCAAGCCAACACCAACACCCUGGGGAGCAAAGAUGCCUCUGGGCCAGAUGAUGACUGAAUUCUCCAACUCCACUGGUGGAGGUGGAUGGGUGCACAGUGUGAGUUUCUCAGGUGAUGGGAAUCGAGUGUGCUGGGUUGGCCAUGACUCAAGCCUGACUGUGGCUGAUGCAGGGAAGGAGAUGGCUAAGACUCAGCUCAAGACUGAGUAUUUGCCCUUCACUGCUGUCACCUGGGUCUCCCUCAACUCUCUGGUGGCUGUGGGCCAUGGCUGCUGUCCAAUGUUGUACUCUGUUGAUGACAUGGGUAAGCUUACCUUCGUGACCAAGAUGGAUGUAGCUCAGAAAAAAGAGUCUGGCAGUCUCAGCGCCAUGAAGAAGUUCCAGUCACUCGACCGCACUGCUCGCUCGGACCAGUCGGACACCACACUUGCUACCAUCCAUCAGAACACCAUCACAGGAGUUGCCAUCUUCUCAGGUGAUAAGUCCAACUGCAGCUCCAUUUCCACCUGUGGUGCUGACUCUCAACUUGUCAUCUGGAACUUCAAGCUUCUGGAGCAGUCAGUGUCAGAUCUACGCUUGAGUUAAAGCAUUCCUGGCAGUAAGUAAACUGCUAAGUCAAUUGCACAUUGAAAAGUAAAAUUUUGCAAUGAGAAAAUUAUGAAGUGAAAUUUGAUGUAUUUGAUUGAUUACCUUCAUGAUUAGUGAUAUUGCAUAUAUGAUUUUUUGUCUGAUAUUACAUCCUAAAAAUGUGGUGCAUAGGUACAUAUUUUUUCAUAUUGCCAUACUAUUAUUACUAAGAUGUAAUGUUUCUCCAGUAUUCUGCAAACUAAGAUGAAUAAGUGGUUUUUAUUGAAAGAUAGCACAUACAAGAUGUAGAUGAAAUAUAAUACUGAAAUUUUUCUAUCAAAAUCAUUCCUGAGUUUAUGAAAUCAUGAAGAUAUUUUUUGGUGUCAUUCAACACUUGUAUUCUAACUUUUGUAACUCAUCUAAGAUAGAUGAUUACAAUGCAAGAAGAGAGAUGCUAACAAAGAGGUGGUGAGACAAAAUUAGCCACCUAGAGAACAUACUGUAUUGGAGUUUAUAUUGAUGUUUAAAAUGUAAAAGGUUUGCUAGAUUUGCAUUCAUUCUCUUUGUUAUUUUGUCUAUUAUAGAAACAGGCAAAUAAUGUUGAUUGAUAACCCAAAGCACAAUUUAUUUCAAAGGGAUAACAAAGUAAAUGAAGAUUAAAAUUCUUAUAAUUACCAGAGUUAAGGCUGGUCACUUUGUGAAUAACCAGUGUGCUUCAUAUGAAUUCAAUGAAAUAAAUGUAUUGGGAAC